CCCAUGAGAAUUUUUUUUAAUUUAGUCCGUCUUCUUCCUAGCUUCUAUCCUAGAUCUUAGCCAUAGAUGCCAGAAGAGAAAAAAAAAGGAAUAAAAUUAAAAAAAGUUAUAUCCUGUGCUUAUUACCCCGGAAUCCCCAAAUCCCCGCGCGGACGCGGGGCAUUAACAACCGGGCUUAUAAUAAACUCCUCCCCCCUACCGCCGUAGCUCUUCCGCACAUUAACGCGCGAUGGGCGUAAAAGCGGCCUUCACCGUUUUUGUCGUUGCCUCAAUAAUUCCUUAUAAUCCUACCUUGUUAUCGCCCACCCCCCUGUGUUUCCUUUUUAUACCCGACGUUGCCUCCAUCGUCACCUUCUCUUUUUCCCUCACCUCAACCAUUCAACCUUUGCUGCCCAGACAAUCUCUUCGAUCCGCAUUCCAGCUUUGCACCCAGCAAUGGCCUUGAAAGCCAACCGCACGGCCCCUUCUGCGGCCCACGUGGAGGAGAGCCCGUCCGGGUUUGAGACUGAGGGCAAGGAGCCCAUCUCGGACCUUAAGCUUGAUGCUAGUGGUCUGCCUUUGGUCCCGCAGCCUAGCGACCAUAAGGAUGAUCCCUUGAAUUGGUCGUACUGGUACAAGUGCUAUGUCCUUGGUCUUCUCUGUCUGCUUGCCUUUGUCGUGCAAUUCGGCGCUGGCAUGGUCCCAGCUGCAUUCGGCCCCAUUUCUGUGAGCUAUGGAGUCACGAAACAGCAAGCCAGUUAUCUCACGACAUCGUACACGCUUCUCGGUGGUGUCACGCCCUUGCUCAUCACUCCCUAUGUCAACCUCUGGGGUAGACGCCCGGCCUACUUGCUCUUCACAUUGAUUGCUAUCGGUGGCAACAUUGGUUCGGCAUACGCGCCCUCGUACGGUACACAGAUUCUCUGCCGAUGCGUUGUCGGUAUCGGUGCUAGUGUUGCUCUGGCCAUUGGUGGCGCCACGAUCUGCGACAUGUUCUUCCAGGGAGAGCGUGGAAGGUACAUUGGCUUCUACGCCCUGGCCUUGACCAACGGCCCGCACUUUGGUCCCAUCGCCGGUGGCUUCAUCGCCCAAGACCAGGGCUGGCGCUGGAUCUUCAAGGUCAACGCCAUCCUCAUGGGCGGCGUCUUGGCUGUGUUCCUCGUGUCCUUCCCCGAGACGCUUUUCUCCCGAACCGAAUUCAGCACCCUCGAGAACCGCAGCUACUGGGGCCGCCUGGCCUUCCGCGGCAAGGUCAUCAACCGCAAGCUCAAACCGUCCGACUUCCUGCACAACUUCAAGAUGCUCAGGUACGCCGCCGUGGUGCUGCCUUGCAUCUACUACAUGACGACCAACACGUACGGCUCCAUCGUCUUCGUCCUGACGGCGUCGAGUAUCUCGGAGAAGCUGUAUCACUUCGAUACUGCGCAAAACGGUCUUCUUCUCGGUGUGCCGUUGACGCUUGGCUGUCUCAUUGGUGAGGCUUGCACGGGUUGGAUUUCUGACUGGCUGAUCAACCGAUAUGCUCGUCGUCACGAUGGUUACAGAAAGCCGGAGGCUCGUCUGCAUCUUGCCCCUCUGGGCUUGUUCUUGCCGGCCGGUCUCAUCAUCCACGGCGUGUCUGUAUCUGAAAAGGCGCCCUGGAUUGCCUUGGCCAUUGGCAUGGCUGUUGCGUCUAUCGGAGUGCAGGCUGGAACAACUCUGACGUACUCGUACAUUUCGGAUUGUUACAAGCCGCAAGCUGCCGAGGUGUCGACCAUCAUCAAUCUGUUCCGUCAGAUUUUUGCCUUUACCAUUGGUUUCUACGCGCUGCCUUUCGGCGAGAGCGCUGGUUUCGACGUUGCGUGGGGCGUGUUUGCCGUCAUCAACUUUGUCGCUUGGUUGCCAUUGUUGCUGUUGAUCUGGCGAGGUGAAGAGAUCCGCAAGGCUCAGGGUGUGCCUGAGAUGCACAGGGACUUGUAG